GAAUGUUCGUUGCGUGCAAACCGGCGUAGUGCUACUUUUUCUUUAUUUUCUAAAUAAUUACACCGUUUACAGUUUUUAAAUUAAUCAAAAAAAAAUUAAGUGUUAAAAAAGACUUUGUUUUAAAAUUAAGUGAUUUUAAUCAAAAAAUGGGCACUUUAUUAAGUUAUUAAGAAAAAAUAAGAUUGUUUUUGUGUUCUAUUUUUUUGUGUGUGUCUUCAUAUGCAAUCGGUACACUUAUUCAGGAGCAUGUCUAAUAUAAUUUGCGGAAACGGUACUGUUUCAAAGAAAAAACAGAAAAUAACCGAACCGAAAUUAAGUGCAAACACUCAAAUGGAUAACGACGUAACGCCGGUUUAUUUGGCUGCGCAAGAAGGCCACUUGGAAGUGCUAAAAUUCCUAGUUUUGGAAGCCGGAGGAUCUUUAUACGUGAGGGCUAAAGAUGGAAUGGCACCAAUUCACGCAGCGAGCCAAAUGGGCUGUUUAAAUUGUGUUAAAUGGAUGAUUCAAGAUCAAGGUGUUGAUCCGAAUUUAAGGGACGGUGAUGGAGCGACCCCUUUGCACUUCGCUGCCUCAAGAGGUCACCUGGAAACGGUCCGUUGGCUAUUAAAACACGGCGCGAGAUUGUCCUUGGACAAAUAUGGAAAAAGUCCGAUUAAUGACGCUGCGGAAAAUCAACAGGUCGAGUGUCUUACCGUGUUGGUUCAACACGGAGCAACACCGGAUUAUAAAGAAGGAACCGAGAAAAAACACGGAUCUUGUUCGUGUACGAGAAAGAGUGAAAAUUUUAAAAGG